CGGCGCGGACGGCCGGGAAGGAUGGGUGGGGCCGCAGGGAGGGCGGGGGAGGGAUGCCUGGGCUCCGGCUGCGUUCUCUGCGGGUCCGCGCUCCCGGGGCGCGGGUGGAGGCGCCUGGAACCGCGGGUCGGGCGUGGGCGUUGUGGACUGUAGCUUCCGGAGCCGCUGCCAGCCGGGAGAGGAGGCAAGGCGGGCAGCGCGGGCCGUUUCCCUGCCUCUUCCUCUGCCUCGUUUCGGCCGCCUCCCGCCUCUCAGGGUCGGGGUUGUCUGUCCCCUUCGCUGUCACAUCCUCCGCACCCAGCAGGUGGAAGGUGCUCCAUCACGGUGACAGACAGGUGCCAAGCAGGCUGGCGUCUGGGAGGAACUUUGGAGCCGGCUCUCCCUAGGCCCUGAGCUUGGCCCCAUCCGUCCUUACCCUGGUGACCCUGGGCAGGUCACUGACUCUUCGGGCGCUUUGGCAUCCUCGUUUGAAAGGGGCUGUUAUCCUUCAGGCUUGCUGGUCAGUGAGGGUGAGAGGGAUCUGUGCACCUAGCACCGUGCAUGGCACGUGGUAGGCGUUUGGUACUUGGGAAUUGCUGUUGGGGUGUCACAGACACCCCAGAAAGUUCUCGGCUUCAGUAAGCGCGUCCCCUGCCAGGCGCCCUGGCUGUGCAGAGAGGAGUCCCUGAGCUCCGCCUUUGACCAGCGUGCAGCUGGGAGAGUGAGAUCAGAGACCACAGCAGAUUGUGGCGCUGUGAUCAGGGGUACACUGAAGCUGUGGGUCCCUGAGCCCAGCCUUGAGAUCCCAGGAAGGCCUGCAGCCUGAAAGGGGCCUUGAAAGGUGCAUUGUUUCUCUGAAAAGCAUCGCCCAGGUCAGAAUGAAAGGAAACUCUCUCUGCAGACCGCUGUAUGUGGGACCUUGAAGACGGUCAAAUAGUGUUCAAUUCUAGAGCAAGCAGAUUUUCUUGUUCCCUCUGGAGAACACAGUUUUUGGGGAUCUUCUCUGGAUCAAGAAAUGGUGGUGAAAAAUGUUUCGCAAAGGCAAAAAACGACACAGUAGUAGCAGUUCCCAAAGUAGCGAAAUCAGUACUAAGAGCAAGUCUGUAGAUUCUAGCCUUGGGGGUCUUUCACGAUCCAGCACGGUGGCCAGCCUCGACACAGAUUCCACCAAAAGCUCAGGACAAAGCAACAAUAAUUCAGAUACCUGCGCAGAAUUUCGAAUAAAAUAUGUUGGUGCCAUUGAGAAACUGAAACUCUCUGAGGGAAAAGGCCUUGAAGGGCCAUUAGACCUGAUAAAUUAUAUAGACGUUGCCCAGCAAGACGGAAAGUUGCCUUUUGUUCCUCCAGAGGAAGAAUUUAUUAUGGGAGUUUCCAAGUAUGGCAUAAAAGUAUCAACAUCAGAUCAAUAUGAUGUUUUGCACAGGCAUGCUCUCUACUUAAUAAUCCGGAUGGUGUGUUACGAUGAUGGUCUCGGGGCGGGAAAAAGCUUACUGGCUCUGAAGACCACAGAUGCAAGCAAUGAAGAAUACAGCCUGUGGGUUUAUCAGUGCAACAGCCUGGAACAAGCACAAGCCAUUUGCAAGGUUUUAUCCACUGCUUUUGACUCUGUAUUAACAUCUGAGAAACCUUGAAUCCUGCAAUCAAGAAGUCAACUUCAUCUGAAAGUUCAGCUGUUUUCAAUCUGCGGUGCUGAAGUGUUAUGCAAAUAAUGAAGUGAUCCCUUGCUCUAGGUUUUCUGAAGAAGAUGGAUUGUGUAAAAUGCUGAUCAUCUGUUUAUUAAAAUGUGUCAUAUUACAGUGAGUUAACUCUCAA